AUGAGUCAUUCUAGUGUUCAAGGUAAUGUCACUCAAGAUCAGGAGAACAUCGAGUUAAGAGAAGAACUCAAUAGAACCAAGACUGAGCUUAAUGAGCUAAGGCAAAUGGUCGCCACUCUUACUCUCAAUCAAAACGGGCACAACAACGGAGCUCACUCUCAUAGGCAAAAUCAUGAUCAAGAUGAUCAUUCCCACCAUAGUGAACACCAUACCUACCAACCUUAUGAUCACUAUCAACGCCCUCCUAGGCGUCAUCACAACCAUAGAGAACAUCAUGUAGAACCUAAGCUUGAUCUUCCUCCUUUUUAUGAUGAUAGGAGGAGAGUGACCUUAGCUACCUUGACCUUUCAAGGUGCAGCCCUUUAUUGGUGGACAUCCAUCAUGAGAGACCAAAGGAUGCAUGGCGACUACACAAUUCAAUAUUGGAAUGAGCUGAAAGCAGCCUUACACAGGCGACAUGUCCCNGCCUACUAUGCAAGAGAAGUCAUGGAUAAGCUUCAUCGACUUCAACAAAGAAACAUGAGUAUUGAGGAAUANNGACAAAANUUAGANUUACUCAUGUUNAGAGCUGGGAUCAAAGAAGAGGAGAGAUUCACCAUAGCUAGAUUCCAGAGUGGAUUAAACUAUGACAUUNGAGAUAANGUAGAACUNUUACCUUACUUAGAUCUAAAUGAUUUUGUCCAGCUAUGUGUGAGAGUAGAAGAACAAAAUAGGAGAAAAGCUUCCACCAAGAGAACCUACCCUACCACAUCAUCAUAUAAGAGAGAUUUUAAGAGGGAGGGUAGCUUUCCAAGAUAUGAGGAAACAAAGGAGAGAGAGCGAGAAAGACCACAAGACAAACUCAAAGGCAAAGAUAGAGANCUAAAAANAGACAAAGAAAGCUAUAAGGGAAAAGAACAAAGGACUUCAAGAGAGCCACCUAGAGAUACCAAGGGUAGAGAGACUAGAUGUUUCAAAUGUGGAGCAAGAGGACACUAUUCAAAUGAGUGUCACUUCAAAAAGAAAACCUAUAUCCUUGAACAUGAGAGUCCAAGUGAAGAGUCCUCUUCUAGCGCAUCUGAGUUAUCCUCAUCUGAGGAGGAACAUGAAGCUCCACCUUGUGAUGGAGAUCUUCUCAUGGUUAGAAGACUCCUUGAAGCAACGCAUGUGGAGUUAGAACAGACUCAACGAGAAAACCUCUUCCACACUCGCUGCAAAGUUCUUGAUAAAACCUGUUCUAUGAUUGUGGAUAGUGGUUCUUGUUGUAAUUGUUGUAGCUCUAGAAUGGUUGAAAAGCUAGGCUUAACUCCUACCCCUCAUCCUAACCCUUACAAACUUCAAUGGAUAAAAGAGGAUGAAGGAAUAGUUGUUAAAGAACAAGUAAGUGUUCCCAUUUCCAUAGGCAAGUAUGAAGAUCAAAUCAUUUGUGGUAUUGUUCCAAUGGAAGCGGGUCACAUCUUACUUGGACGGCCUUGGCAAUUUGACAAACAAGCUUUGCAUGAUGGAGUCACCAACAAGAUAACCAUUCAACAUAAAGGCAAAAAGAUUAUCCUGAGCCCUCUUACACCAUCACAAGUGCGAGAGGAUCAAAUAUUCCUUAAGAGGAAGUUAGAUGGUGAGAAAAAGCUCCAAUCUACCAAAGCUUCCAAAGAGAAAAAGUUGAGUUUGGUCGAAUGUGCCUCAACCAAUGAAGUUGUCCCACCACACUCUUCUAAAAAUCUUUUCCUUGGACAACCUCACUUUCUUCUCUAUUGUAAGGAGACACUUCUUUCCAUAAAUCAUCCACUUGAUUCUCAUCCAAAGGGGUUACAAAAGCUUUUAAAGGAGUUUGAUGAUUUAUUUCCUAAAGAGGUUCCAAGUGGAUUACCACCUCUUAGAGGAAUUGAACAUCAAAUUGAUUUGAUUCCUGGUGCCAGCCUUCCUAAUAGGCCAGCUUAUAGGACUAACCCCACAGAAACCAAAGAGAUAGAGAAGCAAGUUCAUGAUUUAUUGGAAAAAGGAUGGAUACAAAAGAGCCUUAGCCCUUGUGCGGUGCCAGUGUUGUUAGUCCCUAAGAAAAAUGGUUCUUGGCGAAUGUGCUUCAAAGUGGGGAAAGAAGGUGUACAUGUUGAUCCUAGCAAAAUCAAAGCUAUCCAAGAGUGGCCUAUCCUAAAAACAGUGGGAGAGAUAAGAAGUUUUCUGGGUCUAGCAGGUUUCUAUAGACGUUUUGUAGAAAAUUUCUCAACCAUUGCUGCUCCCCUCAAUGAACUGUUAAAAAAGGAGGUGCCAUUCAAAUGGGAUGAAAAACAAAGUCUAGCCUUUGAGACCUUAAAACACAAGUUAACACAUGCACCCAUUCUACAUUUACCUGAUUUUUCCAAAGCUUUUCAAGUAGAAUGUGAUGCUUCCGGGGUAGGAAUAGGAGCUGUGCUUAUACAAGAAGGUCACCCUAUAGCUUAUUUUAGUGAAAAACUUAAAGGACCUACAUUGAACUAUCCUACCUAUGACAAAGAACUGUAUGCCCUUCUUCGUGCAUUAAAAGCUUGGGAACAUUACUUGGUGUCUAAAGAGUUUAUCAUCAACACUGACCAUGAAUCUCUCAAGUAUAUUAAAGGGCAAGGAAAGCUGAACAAGCGACAUGCAAAGUGGAUCGAGUACCUUGAGCAGUUUCAAUAUGUCAUCAAACAUAAAAAGGGGAGUACUAAUGUUGUUGCGGAUGCUUUAUCUAGAAGACAUGCAUUACUAGUUACUCUAGGUUCACAGAUUCUAG